AUGUCUUUCAACUGCUCCACAAGAAAUUGCUCUUCCAGACCAGUUGGAGGACGUUACACUACUCCAGUGGGCCCAGUUACCACAGCCUCAGCCCGAGAUGCAGACUGCCUGAGUGGCCUCUACUUGCCCAGUUCUUUCCAAACUGGGUCCUGGCUCCUGGACCAUUGUCAGGAGUCGUGCUGUGAGCCUAGUGCCUGCCAGCCCCAGCCAACGUGCUACCAGAGAACGUCUUGUAUCUCCACUCCUGUCCAGGUAACUUGCAAUCGACAGACUACCUGUGUCUCCAAUCCCUGCUCUACUCCCUGUAGCCGGCCACUCACUUUCGUGUCCACUGGCUGUCAGUCCCUGGGAGGAAUUUCCAGCUCCUGCCAACCAGUGGGAGGCAUCUCUACCACCUGCCAAACAGUGGGAGGCAUCUCCACUGCCUGCCAACCAGUAGGAGGCAUCUCUACUGUCUGCCAACCAGUGGGAGGUAUCUCUACUGUCUGCCAGCCAACCUGUGGAGUCUCCAGGACAUACCAGCAGUCCUGUGUGUCCAGCUGCCGAAGAACUUGCUGA